CACGCACAUUCCUGAUCCUGCUCUUGCUCCCAACGAACAACAGUUUAAAACUAUUUGGCCAAGCAUAAAAUUGAUGGUAAACAGACUCCGGAAGCGUGUUUGUCGGGAUUGUUGAUAACGGAAUUCAUCCCUGUGCCAUAUCUCAAAUUCAACAUGUCGAUGACAAAGAGGUCCUUGGGACUCAUCCUGGUGAUAGUGAUUGUGAUGAUUGGAUGCGCCCCCAAUGCAAAUGCUCAUGUGGCCCUGUCUUUUCCACCGGCCAGGAAAUAUGAUCUGGACUUUAUGGACACUUUUCGGACCGAAAAACCAUGUGGUAUGGCCAAAGGUGAUAUCAAAACAACCAUAGAAGCCGGAAAACCAUUGAAGAUCACUUGGCAUCUUGGCUAUCCACAUAAAGGUGGGUUUAAGAUCCAACUCUUAGGCCCCGAUGAAAAACUCAUCCAGGAUCUCACUCCGAGUGGUCUUUAUGCUGGAGAAGAUCGCCCCACAACUCAAGAAUACCAAAUUCAGGUGGACGAAGGUGUUCAAUGCCAAGGAUGCUCAAUUCGCUUGGAGCGCCAAGCACUAGAAUGGGGUGCUAAUUACCGGUUUCAAUCUUGCGCUGAUGUUGACAUUGUCAGCCCUGCAAACUACAAAUUGGAUUGCUCAGGUCAUGGACAAGCUUCAGGAUCCAGUUGCACGUGUGAUAAAACAUAUUUCGGGGAACGUUGUCAGUACAAGAAUGAUUGUGAAGAUGAUUCGGAUUGCAAUGACCGAGGAGACUGUAUUGAUAUCAAGGGCACCACUUUACCCAGAAAACAAUGCUUUUGUCAAUUCGGAUUCUUUGGACACACUUGCGAAAGGAAGUCGACCUUUGAUGACAACGCAAAUUUCACUCAGAAACCCGACCUUUACACGGUGGUUCCUGGGCGUGGCGUGGAUUUCUAUUAUCGAAUGAUUGAUGACGGCGAGUUCGAAGGCGUAAUUGCUGGCAAAUCAACCACACAUUAUGUGGCCGUUGGCUGGAGAGGAACAUACGUCGAUCAAACAUGCCGAUCUUUUCCUGAUGAUGCCUUAACUCCAGUGGAUCGAGGGUUCCAUCCCAUGGACUGUACCGAUAUGGUCAUUGGAACCGCCAUUGGCGAUCGGAGCAGAAUCGGAGAUUACUACACCAGAGAUAGGUCAACACCCCGCUUAGACAACUUUUAUGGAGGAGAAGAAUCUCUGUCUGGGGCUUUGGGUUGGGAGGUGGAUGGUCGGACCUACAUCAUGUUCCGAAAGCCAGUCAAGGCGAUUGAUGAUGCUGAUCACGACUUUCUGGGAACCCUGAGCUUUAUUUGGGCACAUGGUCAGGAAAAUGCAGAGUUUUAUACAGCUGAUGAGCUCAAAUAUCAUGGUGGAAAUCGUGGUCACAUGGAAAUUGAGGUGAGCUCGGGAACAUCCAUCACCAUUUCAGUUUCCUCAACAGUUAUGUGUCUCUUAUCUGUUUAUGUUUUGAGUAUGUAAAUAUACUUAUUGAUAUUUAAUUGUACAUUUUAAUGUGUAUAGAGAUGAAUUUCAUCGAACUAUUGUACAAUGGGUUCGAACUUUCAAGGUAAUUCAUAAGCUGGUUUCCAGUUGAAAGAAAGCAAAAUGAAAGUCAAAAGAUGUUGAAGACAAAAAUAUUUCAAUUAUACAUUUCUAUUUAGAUCCACACGUCAUUAAACAUGAAAUAUAUAUUCUCAGGUACCUCAUUUAAAGGAUAUUUUUCUGCAAUUUUGUUCUACGAUCUGAAUUACUUUAUUUCCAAAUCUAUGUUCGUAUAUUAAAAAACAGAACUGUUUUGCAAUAGGUCACAUUAAGUGAUUACAAUUCGCCUUCAAGUCCUCAUUCAACCUCAAGAAAGAUAGUCUUUAAGUUAUGAUUAUGCGACAAAUCCCAAAACGUGUUGCAGUAUUUUCAUCAAAACUAAUUAAGGCACAUUAGAAGACGUAUGCGUUUCUCUCAUUUUUCUAGUUUCCCAGGAAAACAAGCAACGAGCAAAAAUACACACUUGCUUUGACUAAAGUAUUGGGCAGGCAAGGUGUGAAAGGAUUUACAUAAAGCUUCUGGGUUGAGUGAUCACAUAGCUUACCUUGCGGAACUUCACGGUGCCUCCACCGUAAUCCAGGCUUCUAGGAUUGAAGGCAGAAUUUAUAUUCAGCUCUGUUAAACACUUCAUUGCGUGUAGCGAGAGCUCGAGAAGGUGAGUCACUGAUGCGAGAAGACACGGACCUGUGCAUCCCACACACUCAUUUUAGGCUAGGCACUUGCCAAGUACUGAAUGUCAUCCCCAACGAUCAAAACAACACGGAUCAUCAGAGGCAAUGAGAACCCAAGAGACCCAUACCGAGGGGUGCACGUGUUGUUGUUUCCAUUGUGGCUGCUUUGGAGGCUGGAGAUUGCCUUUGCCCAGUUGUUGCCACACAAUGCGAAGAUGGUUGUACAACUGUCGGGUUAUUCGGCAAAUGUUCCGUGAUUGUUGUAAAUGAAUGGGCCAAGAUGCACAGAUAUUAAACCCUGUUGACAUUUAAAGAACUGAUUUUGCCUUUUUCUUCCAUGUUGUUCAUAAAGGUAAGCAUUAAUUUAGGGUUUACUUGAAGUAUAGUUGUCGUGGUAUCAUGUUUAUGUGUAGUAAAACACGUGUCCAGCUAAAAUGUAGGUUGUCUGCGCUGCAUGUAUGCAUUUAAAGAAACAGAAAGUGACGUCAUAAAAUCUACAUAUAAUUAAUAGGGACUCCUAAAGUAUUGAAGUCUCAAAAGUGAAAUAGAUAACUAAUACGUAAUCCCAAAAAGGCAAGAUAUUCAAAAGCAAAGCAAAUGUUUAGAAAGAAUUUGAGACAUUUGAUGAAACAUGAUCGGUUGUGCAGGUUGUUUUUGCGUUUUUUCCUCAUGAAACUAAAAAGAAAAAGUCUUAAAAAUCAGCUUCCCUUUUGCAAUUAGUUUUUUUUAAUUACUUUUUUGUUUGUCACGGGCUUUUCCAACCGCUACGAGGAAUGCUAUCCCCAGUAUUAUUAGAAUGACAUGCUAUGCUUCGUGUAUUUGUUACCUUUUAAUCUUUAUUUAUGAUAUUUGAUCUACCAACGACUUUGAGUUGGCAGACCGAGCUAGUCCUUGAAUGAAGGGUUGAUUUGAUAAACUCUUUAAAAAUGUGUCUCAGUUUGACUUUAAAUAUGCUGCCUGAUCACCAAAGCUAACGUAUUCACUACGAAUAUUAGAGAGAGGCAAAUUAAACAAUGAAGGAGCCCGAGAAAGCAGAGAAGUGGACUUCAUUGUUCGACCUAGCCUGGAUUCUCGAGGACUUGAAGGUGCUCUCAAAACGCACAUUAAGCCUCUGCGGUCACUAGAAUUGACCCUAAAUCCUGGGUUGGGACAAAGCUCAUGGAUGCUUUUGAAGACGUACAGUAUCAGAUAUCUCUCACACCUUCUUUGAACAAUGUAGAGUCCCAACUUUUUAGUCUCUCUCAAUACGAGAGUUCUCUCAUAAGGACCCUUAUUUACAACGUCAGAUUAGAUUUUGAUAAAAAGGGCCAAAAACAACACAAACGCAUUAAAAUGAGAUCGGCCCAAUCGGCCUUUUUCUUGGUAGAGGCUGACUUGCAAAGCGCCCUCUGAAGUGCAGAUCGUAAACCGUAUUUCCAGCCCUUUGCAAAUGCUCCUUGACAAAAUCUGGUAUUGGGUAGGGUGCCACAUUAUUUCCUGUUAAUUUUGGAUUACCUGCUGUUUGAAGUCACUGUGCUUUAAGGAACUGCGCUAGCUUAAAACGUGAUCUAGAUUCAAUAUGGUAGAUCCCAUUGAAACCUAUCCAAUUAUAAAACCAAGUCAAAAACUGUAAAGUUCCUUUACAAUACCUUUCUGUUCAUUCCAUUCCACCAUUUUUGUCCAAGUUUUCGUUUUCUGCUCCAAAAAAACAUCUCCAAAAUGUUCAAUCUUUUCCAUUCUUCCAUAUUCCGUCACUUUUCGGCUUACCGCCAAUUGUAAUUUUCCGCCGCAACCAGCUUUUUCAUUCCGCCGGUUUUGAAUUAUUUCGCGGGGAAUGCCGCCACUUGCUAACCCUGAUUCAAGACCUGCCUGAACAAUUGACUUCUACAGGGUUAGUACCGUAAUCACAGAUCAUAUAACGACUAGAUGUCGCAUUGGCCCGACCUCAGUGCAGAGGAAAGUGGAUUUUAAGUCAACAACUCUGUACACCAAAAAAGAGGAGGGUGACUGCCUGAUCAGGAGUAACGACCUACAAUCACUGGGCCUUCAACGAACGCUAUGAGUGACAAGCUCACUCUGAAUCUGGCCACGCUGGCGGAUGAAAAAGCAUGAGUCACUGUACACCAAAAUUUAUGUACCAGCUGAUGAAGGCAAGUGUUCGCAUUUUUCCUCGCGCUAUGCGAGGUCUAGUCAUUAUAUGGUCUGUGACCGUAAUACUAUUUCUGGAGUUCAACUACCACGCCUUUGUAAAGCUUUACUCAUCCUUUACUGUAUAUGCUCAUCGCACUUUCCAUUAUUGUUGGGAACCACACCUAAAUCCUUCAUGGACAAGACCUGCUAAAUGAAACUGAGAUUUUGAUGAUAUAUUUAUUUGUCAUGCAAGGCAAACUGGAUGUCAGGUCGGAAAGCCAGAGAGACCCGUCACCUAGCAACACGGGAGAUUGAUGGUGAACAGGGGGAAGAUCCCGAGGAAGGUCUUGGUGCACACACAGGUGGCAUUGGGCUGAGCGAUGCAAAUGGGAGCGCACUUCAAUCGGCACCAAACCCUGGGCAAGAUCCUGAAAAUGACAAACCCCGCCAAGAAUUUCAAAUGAGUCUCUCAACCUAUAAGAACUAUUUUGGAUAAGCACGUACCUGUCUUGAACGCCGUUGCUAUCGUCUUCUUCGUCCUCAUCCACAUCAGCCUCAACGCCUUCAACCAGUUUGACCUCGGUGAGGACAUAUUGUUGAACAUCAUCGGGUAAAGGAUCCUCGGGUUCAGCAGGCAAAGCCAUGGAUAAUAAGGCCAUGCCCGAGAAGGCCAAAACGAUCGGAAAGAUGAAGGACUUGAUCAUGGUGUUUGUAGAUGGUUCU